GCGGCGGCGAAUGCGCCCGUUUCCGUCGCCGGUUCCUGACGGCGCCUCCUGUCGCCAUCAUGGCGGCGGCUUCGUCGUCGGUGCCGCUGGAGCACGAGACCCAGAUCUUCCUGGAUCUUUUCCACCAGGACGGGCUGGUGAUCUGCGCCCGGGGGCUGGGCAUCGACCGCCUCCUGCUGCGCUUCCUGCGGCUCUAUUGCGUGCCCGCCAGCUUGGUCUUGGUGCUGAACACCAGCCCCGCAGAGGAGGAGUUCUUUAUUGACCAGCUGAGGAGGUGUAAUGUAGCUCAUCUUCCUCGGCGCAUUACAAAUGAAAUCCCCAGCAACAGUCGCUAUGAAGUAUACAUGCAAGGGGGCAUCGUAUUUGCUACUAGCCGCAUCCUUGUGGUGGAUUUUCUAACAGGCAGAAUUCCUUCUGAUCUUAUUACUGGCAUCCUAGUGUACAAAGCCCACAGAAUCAUUGAAUCUUGCCAAGAGGCCUUUAUCCUGCGGCUCUAUCGGCAGAAGAACAAGCAGGGUUUCGUCAAAGCCUUCUCUGACAACGCCGUUGCCUUUAACACUGGGUUUUGUCAUGUGGAAAGAGUGAUGAGGAAUCUCUUCGUCAGGAAGCUUUACCUGUGGCCAAGGUUUCACGUGGCAGUGCACUCCUUUUUAGAACAGCACAAGCCAGAAGUGGUGGAAUUGCAUGUGAACAUGACUCCGGCCAUGCGCACCAUCCAGAGUUCAAUCCUGGACAUCCUGAACGCCUGUUUGAAAGAACUGAAGAAUUGUAACCCUGCUCUGGAGGUAGAGGAUCUGUCGCUGGAAAAUGCAAUCGGCAAGUCUUUUGACAAGACUAUUCGUCACUAUCUAGACCCUCUUUGGCACCAGCUUGGAGCGAAGACCAAAUCAUUGGUCCAGGAUUUGAAGAUUCUUCGGACUUUGCUGCAGUAUUUAACUCAGUAUGACUGCAUCACGUUUCUGAACCUUUUGGAAUCCUUGAGAGCCUCAGAAAAAGCCUUCGGUCAGAAUUCAGGCUGGCUUUUUCUUGAUUCCAGUACUUCCAUGUUUCUGAACGCUCGGGCUCGAGUUUAUCACCUUACAGAUAACAAGGAAAAUAAGAAAAGAAAAGCUGCUGGAAAAACAGAUGUUGAGGAAGAAAAAGGGCAGAAAAGGGUAUUGAUCUUGGAAAGCAAUCCGAAGUGGGAGGCCCUGAGAGAGGUGCUCAAGGAGAUUGAGACGGAGAAUGCCAGCAGUGAAGCUCUUGGUGGGCCAGGACGAACGCUUAUCUGUGCAGGGGAUGACCGAACAUGUGCUCAGCUGAAGGAGUUUAUCACUGUUGGGGCCAGUGCUUUUUUAAUGAGACUCUACCACAAAACCUUUGGGAAGGACAAGGAAGCUGGUGAGGUAUUCCUGAAGGAACGGAAGGCAGCCGAGUGCCAGGAUGAGGGUGGUAGAGAACCUUGGCCGAAAAAAGCCAAAAAGAAAUCCUCAAAGCCAAAGAAAAGCCAAAGGAAGCGAGAGUUGACUCUCACACAGAUGAUGGGCAAGUGCGAGCAGGAUACUAUGGGGGAACGAGACUCCUACGAAGAAGUCAGCAGCGGCCAAGAGAGUGGUGGGGAAGUCAGACCUGAAGACUUUGUGCUGGACCUGCCUUCAGAAUCCUGUUACGGGAUCUUAAAGGAGCCGUUGACCGUAAUCCAUCCCUUGAAUGGCUGUAGUGACCCCUAUGCUCUCACGCGGGUCUUGCACGAGGUGGAUCCCCGGUACGUCGUCUUGUAUGAUGCAGAGCUGACUUUUGUCCGCCAGCUAGAGAUUUACAAGGCCAGCAGACCUGGGAAACCUUUGAGAGUUUACUUCCUUAUAUAUGGAGGGUCCACAGAAGAACAGCGCUAUCUGACCACGCUAAGGAAGGAAAAAGAAGCAUUCGAAAAACUCAUUCGAGAGAAGGCCAGCAUGGUCAUCCCUGAAGAACGAGAAGGAAGAGAUGAGACCAAUUUGGAUCUAGUCAGGGAUGCUACUCCGGCUGCUGUUUCCACCGAUACACGUAAAGCAGGUGGCCAGGAUCAGAAGAGCGUCCAGCAUAGCAUCGUGGUGGACAUGCGUGAAUUCCGCAGUGAGCUUCCCUCUUUGAUCCAUCGCCGGGGCAUCGACAUUGACCCCGUGACCUUGGAAGUCGGCGACUACAUCCUCACACCUGACAUUUGCGUUGAGCGCAAGAGCAUCAGUGAUUUGAUUGGUUCCCUCAAUAAUGGGAGGCUUUAUGGCCAGUGCGUCUCCAUGUGCCGCUAUUAUAAGCGCCCCGUCCUCCUCAUCGAGUUCGACCCCAGUAAAUCCUUCUCUCUCGCCCCGCGGGCUUCCCUCCGCCAAGAGAUCUCCAGCAGUGACGUCACUUCCAAACUUGUCCUGCUGACCCUUCACUUCCCCCGGCUCCGGCUCCUCUGGUGCCCUUCUCCUUAUGCCACCGCAGAACUGUUUGAGGAGCUGAAACAGAACCGGCCCCAGCCUGACUCAUUGACGGCAGCGGCUAUUACAGCGGAUUCAGAAAGCAUCCCCGAGUCAGACAAAUACAGCCCAGGCCCCCAAGACUUCUUGCUAAAAAUGCCAGGGGUGAAUGCCAAAAACUGCCAGGCGAUACUGAACCACAUCAACAGCCUGGCGGAACUCAUGACGCUCUCUCAGGACAAAUUGGCAGAACUGCUGGGCAACACUAACAGUGCCAAGCAGCUGUAUGAAUUCAUUCAUUUGCCAUACACAGAAGCUGUUUCUCAAGGGAAAGCCAAGAGGUGAUGAAGAGCGUUGAGGCCCCCUGGUGAAUCUAAUGUCAGAGUGCCUUUAAUAACUGCUUCUAGUAUCUUUGGGCUGAUCUGAGUAUUCAGGGGGGGAAACCCUGAUACGCUGCAGUCCUCUUGGACAGCUUCAGAAUGCAGGUGAAGGUAGAUCAUGUUUGAAUGCAGUCUAUGACCAAGACUCCCUGUGUGUAGAAAGGUAGCAUGUAUAGCAUAACGUUUGUCUUGAUGUUAGCUUUCUCCAUGCAGGGAUUUUUUAAAAAAAAUUGCAGGGGGAACAUUUCAGACCCAGCUCUCCUUCCUUCCUGCAUUUUAGAAUAUUACAUUCCAGUUGGCCCUUGGACUACAUCUUUUUUUCAUCGCUUGACAAUUGGCUCCCAAUGGUGCGUUGUUCUGGGGCGCUUUGGUUGGCAUGGGUGGCCAGAAACUUUCAAAGAAGUGUCCAACACGUAUUUACUAAUUGAAAAGAAUAGAUAAGAAAUGCUGCACGUCACUUGUGCAUGGUGUUCAGAAACAAAAUUAUCACAUCAUGCUCAUGGACUGGAUCCUUGACAUUCCACCUGCCCCUGGAGACUCGGGUCACAGGAAUUGUGUGGGGUGAAGUUAUCCUCUUUGGGGACUGGGCUGUAAUUUCCGUGCUUUUGUAAUUGUCUGCUUAUACCACAUGUCCAAUUUUCAUGAAUUUUCUUUACACCUACCAUCCAAGGUAGGCCAGAUGAAAUAUCUAUGAAUAAAUAAAUUGCUGGUACUCUUUG